CGCAGGGAGUCCACUUUAUCCAAAUUUGCGCGGGUUCAGUGUUGUUAUGGGUGGCUGUCAUUUGGUUGUUGCUUGCUCACGAGAAUAGAAAUAAAAAGGUUGACUGGAAAUAUUCACGUUGAAAACUGAAAAUAUGUCCAAGCGAGAGGCAUUUUUAGAAGCCGCUUGUAAAGAAAAUGUGGAGGACUUCCUUCAUUUUAUCCAGCUUCACAAGGACAAAGCGCACCCCUUCAAUAUGGAGGAGGUGGUGCAGGAGAUGCCAAGUGACCAGAGGGAGGCUCUGUGGGGGAGACUGGCCUCGCUUCUUCAGGACAUCCUGCAAGAGUUACCUCCUGAGCGCUGGGAGGAGGACAGAGAAGAGAGCAUGGAAGUGGAGUCAGCUGAAGACCCUAAACAUGUCAUGGCUGUUGUGGACGGUGUGACACUAGUGGCUUUAGUGUCUCUAAAGGUUUUACAAGAUGAUGACAAUUACAGUGUCCUUCUGGAAAUUGCCCACAAACUUCAUGUUGUUCUUGUGUCACUGCCUGUGUCAGAGGCACCUCUGCAGCUCCAUAUCCACACACUGUGCGAGGCCUGGUGGAAGAAGGGUCUGAAAGAGAAAGAAAAGUUUGGUCGCACUGCUUUUCUCAUCUCUUUGCAGAAGAGCUUCAUUAUGAAGAAACCGGGUGUUGAGAUCCAAAGACUCUGGAGUCUCCAUGAUGUGCUUUUGAGUCUGGACUACACAUCUGAAGACAACAAGCAGAUAAUCGAUUUGUUGCUUCAAUGUUUUCACCGUCAUAUUUACAUUCGAAAUGAUGAUGGAAAGCGAUUCCUGGUAUUUCUUUUCAGCUGGAACGUCAACUUCAUCUGGGUUAUUCAUGGCACCAUCAAAAACCAGCUGGAGUUUUGUAGCAAGACUAUGACUACUCAUAUUACGGAGAUCUACUUCAGAGCAUGGAAUAAGGCUAGCGGGGACUUCUUGGAGCAGAUUGAGAGCUUGUGCAUUCAGGAUUUUAUACGGUGUUCCAUUUUCCUUCAUAGAUCAUCUCCUGUCCAUGCCAAAGUCCGACAGAUCAUGCGCUACUUCCACGGAAGGAAGGGCUGUCACAAAUUGGACAAGAUGCUCUAUAACCUCUACAAGCCCAUUAUCUGGAAGGCUUUAACUGCUCCUAACUUUGAGGUACGUGCAAAUGCCACUUUGCUUUUCGGUGAGGCCUUCCCAGUCCUUGACCCGGAUGAGAACAAUGAAAAUAUAGAUGAGACCAUUCAAAAGCAGUUGGACACAGCAAUGAGCCUCCUCGAAGACCCUCAACCCACCGUGCGCUCCAAUGCCAUUCUGGGAGUCUGUAAGAUCCUGGCCAAGUGCUGGGAGCUUCUCCCUCCUACAAUAAUCACAGACAUCCUGAAGAAGCUGGUGAUGGAGCUGGUGGCUGACACCAGCUCUCCUGAUGUCCGUUGUUCAGUCUUCAAGUGUCUGACUAUCGUCCUGGACAAUGCUCUCAGCCAUCCACUACUAGAAAAACUCCUGCCCACUCUAAAGUACAGCCUCCAUGACAACUCGGAGAAAGUCCGCACAGCUUUCCUUGACAUGCUCAUCAAGGUCAAAGCGGUGCGUGCUGCCAAGUUCUGGGACGUGUGCAACACGGACCACCUGCUGGCCCGCCUGGCUAUUGAUUCCCAUUCAGUCUCCAAGCGUAUUGUCGAUCUGCUCUUUAAGUCCUUUUUCCCUGUCAACGAGUCAGAGAAGGAGUGGUGCUGUCGGUGCAUCACCCUCAUCCAGAUGAAUCCAAUGGCUGCCAGGAAGUUCUAUCAGUAUACUUACAAACACGCAGCCCCAACUCAGAUAAUAAAGCUGAUGUUGGCCAUUCGCCGUGUUCUGAACAGCUGUAUCCAGACUGACUGUGACCUGACUGAAAUUAAUGACAGCAACAAGGAGAACAGCACACAGGCUGGACCUGUUAAUUUGGGGAAAGACAUCGCUGUUGUGUCCAGUCUGCUGGAGAUUGUGGUCAUCCUGUGGAGAAGUGUCGAGAAGGCUCUGAAACAAAAUGAAGAGGCCCAGAAUUACACUUUUGCCAAGUUUGGAAAUGUCAUGUCCAAGUAUUUCCAGGCCUUUGAGGAUGAGCGAUGUACCGUUCCUCUCAUACAACUGGCCUCAUUUCUGCCCCCAGCUGCAGUUCCAACAUUCAGCUGUGGUGUUCUGUCCAGGCUGAGAAAGAUGGAACCAGGAGCUGUGCCAACACAGUACGGCCAGCUGUUGGACUGCAUCUGUAGCUGGGGCCAGGCUGCUGACAUCCUCGAGCUCAUCACUAACUGGCUCACUGAAGCUCUGCCCAAGCAAGGGGUCAGUCUACAGACAGAAAGGGACAGGGAAAACGCUACCGCUAAUCGAAAGGUGCGUAUCCAGGAGAAGGUGGAUGCCAAACCAGACCUGGCACUGGUUUAUCUGGAUUACCUGUUCAGCCACACAUCAACACAAGAGAAAGUCCUGGCACUUUGUCAGAGACCACUGAAGCAGCUUCAAAGAGUUCUAGGAAAAUGGAAGUCAGUGCUGUAUACUCACCUCAGCUCCACCACAGAAGAUCCUAAAAGUCCCAAUUUGGAGACUGCGCUGAAAGCCUUCAUGUUCCAUGGCCGUCUCAGUGCACAUCUGCAACAUAAAGCCUCACAGGGUCGUGACUACCUGCUUUCCCUGGAGCAUAUGGCAGCUUGGGUUACUGAAAGGGUGUUGCCCUUCCUGGCCAAAUGUGCCACUGAAGAUGGGCAGGAUUCAGAGAAGUCGCAGCCACUGGCUGCACAGAUAACUGAGAGCUUCCUGAUAUUGUGCCGGGAUGUUUUGCUUGUGGGUUUGGGUGACGAAACGUUCAAGAGUCAAAUCCUCCACCUGUGCUCGCUCAUCCUCCUUUCAGAGGCAGGCUACCUCUGUGUUCCUGCACUGCUGCCAAUUUUGAAGGAGGUAGCAGACAGUUAUGCACCAGACAAUGAACAGGCUCAGGAAAAUCAGGAGGGUGCAACCACUGUCAUUCUGGGUGUAGUGGCCAACAUCUUCCAGAAGAUUAUAGAGCUCUUAGCUCGCCGCCUUAGGAAGGAGCCAGAGGAGGGAAAAAAGCUGUGUCAGUUGGCUAUGCCUGGUCUGACAGACUUCCUCCAAGUGGCACAAACCUGGGACAGAACACCUCUCAGCGGGGUCUUUUCUACUGUUUUUGCUGUUAUCAUCGUGGAAAAGAGACAUUUGCUCCAGAAGAUUACCCAUCCUGACGAGGUGAUCACCCCAGAGUCAGUGGAGGACAUGCCUCCUCUGUCCCACAUCCUCCUGUCUGUCAUCCUCAAGUCACCGUCUGUUAGCAGGGCAUUUUUGACGGAGGUCAGCUCAUCUCUGGAGUCUGAGGCCAUCAGCAGUCUGAAUGAACUGGCUGCCGUUCUGCACGUCUUGGCUGUCGUCAAACACACGGGACAAUCUAAAGUGGCCUUGAAGAGUGCAGCCACAUCGGUCCAGCAGCAGCUUCACAAAUAUUUAGUCACAUCUGAAGACAGCAGAGACAUCCAGGGGGUUAUUUUUGAAUCUUCUGUGAAGACCUUGAAUGAAAUUCUGGAUUUAUAAGUUCUCUUCUUUAAAAAAAAAAAAAAGUGCCUAUGUUAUAUAUCUGCUUUGCUGUUAGCCUUAUGGCUUUACGGUUGCUGUCAGACAAAAAUGAUGCAAUAAAUAUUUCAACUUCACUGACCGGGAUUAUAAAACAAAUGGUUUGGAUUGAAAUCUAAAGCUGCGAACAAGUGCUGGUGUGAUACCAUAUUUUUCCAGAUUGGCUCCACGUCUCCAUGUUUAUGUAUGUCUUGAUGGCACACAUUACUCAAGUCUUGUUUCAGUUGUGCAUCGAUUUUAAAAAAAAAUAUUAACAGAUAUUGAUGAACUACGCCAGACCACAAGAAUAACAUAUAGUCUCUUAGCUUUCACUCUCCACAGCUCUCUGCUCCAUUUAUAUAUUUUUUAAAAACGAUUUCAUAUAAAAUACAUGUUUGUUUUUUUUCCAUGUUUCAGUAUCUGUGUUUAUAUAUCUGCUCAUCUGUCAACA